AUGAGGGUAGGUUCUGAGGUUUGGAUGGGAUACGAGUUCCAGAACCUUGAGAAGGUCGCAACUACGGAACAAGGACGAGCAAGGAUGAAUGCCCUUUUUUUCGGCAGUGACUGCAGACAUCUUUCCAUGUCACGACGCUCACCUCACCCAAUUGGAGCCACAUCACCAUCGAUGGGUCGUUCAAGAAUGAGAGAAAGACGGGGACUGAACGUUGAGUGGGUCAGACGUUCGUGUCUGAGCGGUCCUUCGUCAAUAAUUUGCCUUGCGCGAACUCACUUCGAGAGUCCAUCUUCCAAUCAUCUUACAACGCAAGUUUCUUCCCUUCGAACCUCUAGACUUUUCCCCACGUUAUCUUCGCAAGACUCGUCAUUUACCUGUGGUGCUGCAUCAACACAUCGUAGGGUUGGAUGCGUGGACAUGCACCCCGGAAGAGAAAACAUCUACUUGCGUAGUCGUCACAAGUUUCUGGGUCGCUAACGCUUGACGGUUUUAUGCCACAGCGUUUUUCUUAACCGGAUGUCGACCAAUCGGACAGCACGCUCUAGAGUGGGUAUAUUUUAUGCCCCGCAAGGAUGCUUCAGUGACCUCAUGGAUGUCCGUCAUAACCUGUAAUCAUAGCCACGUGGCCCACACUGCGAUAUCGCCCAUGGUUAAAUUUCAAAUUUUGACUUCUUUAACG